AGUUAGGAGGACUUACACGACGAAAACAUCAUGGCUUGUCAAAAGCCUUUCUGCUAGUGGUGCACCUGAAUAGGAGUAAUGGUCCGCCUACGUCGUGGAGAGUGCUCGGUUCCCAUGUCCGGUUCCUUAUAAUUCUCCAUGUCCCACCCAAUUUUUGUACCAUUAUGUACUCUUUGUUAUUCGAAGUCAAUACGCUAUCGCUUUCACUUAGUCUAACGGCAGUGCUAGCCGUGGUGCUGUGUUUCAAGACGACCCCGGCAUAUGCUAUGGCUCUCUCCUCUGACUAUCCCAACGCUUACUAGUACACAACCUAACUCUGAGAAACGCUUAGGGGACAUCCGAACGCAUGUGCUCAAGCGCCUCACUUCGAAGUCUAGAGCAUGCGUCGAGCGUCUGAGGACAUGCCAAUUGGAUAGGCCUGACCUCUCUCGACAACCAACCUCCAAACUCGCAGCUGUGCUUGUUUUACUGUACGAGCAAGCUGGAGAGCUUAGGGUCUUAUUGACGACCCGGUCCAAGUCACUGCGUGCACAUCCAGGACAGACAGCAUUACCUGGCGGCAAAGCAGAUGAGGGAGAUGAGAGUUUAGUCUGGACUGCUCUUCGCGAAGCAAAUGAAGAAGUUGGUCUUCCUCUUCCGCCCACAUCGUCGAAUAUACAUUUUAUAACAACGCUCCCGCCCUUUCUCUCUGCAUCGCAGUUGUUGGUGACCCCCGUCGUCGUGCUUUUAUCUUCGCCGCUUCCACUCGUCACUUCGUCACCGUCAUUCUCGACUUUGGACAGCUCCUCGAAUGCAAGCUCCAACACACCGCCCAAGUCUUCUUCUCACCCAAUCCUCACUUCCCUCACUCCCUCUCUCACAGAAGUCGACAGGAUAUUCGAUCAUCCACUCGAAGCGAUGCUGGACCCUCGUCUCUUGUUGAACAAAGGGGAGUCGCUCGUGGAUGUGGGAGAGGACUGGCCAUAUAGUGCUGGGGAUGUGUAUAACCCAUCCGACGUCCGCCUCGACGCAUUCGACGGACUCAUAUAUAGGAUGCACCGGUUCAGAACAUGUGCAUCUCCUAUCAAGGGGCUUACUGCUGAUAUUCUAAUCACAGUCGCUGAACUCGCAUACGGGCGCAAACCCGUCUACGGACGAUACCCAUCUGGUCCAAGUUCAGGGUCAUCAUCCAAAGACACGAACUUGGAAGGGGAGACAUAUCAGGCACUUGUGAGGAGGCGUAUGGAAGAGAACGAGAGGGCUUUUGCAGUUGCUGUUGAGGAAGGCGGGCAGACGUGAUUGACCGGAAAGGCGGGUGGGGCUAGUGGGAGCGCAUUUCUGGCAGAUGCAUGAUCUCAUUCUUUCCGUUUUAGACUGACCGUUGGAGAUAUGCGACUCACCAUAGACAUAGAAUCAGUAUCGUAGUAUAUGCUGUAGCAUAAUCACUAGUUCUAUACGUGCUCUAUGCACACAUAUUAUGAAUGGUAGUCUAACUCAGAACGUAUCAC